UUCAGUUGUUAUGCGUGUGAUUCCUGAAUGGCUCAUUUUCCUAUGCGAUUCUCUGCUCCCUCUGACACAGCAGUACUUUUUCCAGCUCUUAGAUGCUCUGUUUCUGUGAGCUCAGAGUCUGAGCAACUUCUGACCGCACUUUCUCUGUUGCAGAAAACAAUAGUGUCAGUGGAGCUGCUGUGUUCAAAGUGCAGGCUCAAGGUUAUGAAGUUGGUGGCCACCAUUGAAGGCAUUACUUCUAUUGUCCUUGACCCGUCCAAGAACACUGUGACAGUGAUUGGUGAAGCUGAUCCUGCAAAGAUCAUAAAGAAAGUGAGGAAGUUCAGGAAGUCUGCACACUUUGUGAGCAUCGGCCCUCCAAAAGAAGACAAGAAAGAUGAAAAGAAGGAUGUGGUGAUUCCUCAGACACCCAAGACUUGUCAAAGAUGUGAUAUUUGGUAUGUUGUUGCAGAAGAUGGCUUCUACAACUACUGUUCCAUACUGUAAGUAGGUGCCAUUUUCAUCAUCGUUCGGGGGGCAAUUAGUAUAGGAGCAAAUGUUUUGUCGGGGAAAGCAUGGCAAGCGUUGUGUUUAUUGCUUGCGUGUCACCUGGGUCUUGCUUCCACAUUGGACAUGAUAUAACAUGGAGACUACCGUGUAUCUAUCCAACGCUGAUUAUUCUUCCAGAACACAUUUGAGAGUGUUUGGUUCAUUUC